AUGGCUAUUUUCCUAACACCUUCUGCAUCGAUCAAUGCUGCUGGUGCAUACUUUCUCCUUUUGAUGUCACUUCAUCGAGAUCCUUACAUUGUCAUUAAACACUACAACUGGCCUCACAGACCGGUUCGAAUUUUUACAUAUCUUAUUGGACGAGACUCCAGCAGUAAAAGCAAUCUUUAUGAUAUGGCUUGUACAAACAAAGGCUACUUUGUCCAAAUCAACUCCCUUGAAGACGCUCGAGAGAAAGUUAUCGAGUAUGCGCUCGUAAUGGCUCGUCCUAUGGUCAUGUACCAACAAGACCAUCCUAUUCACUGGAGCCCUGUUUUUAUGGCCGGGAUGUCUAGCGGAUUAGGGCAAGAAAAUAAUAAUAAGAGACGUCUUGUUACAACAGUUUCAACGCCCGUUUUUGAUCGGAGGAAUUAUUCAAUUCGUGUCGCAAACAUAUUAGGUGUGGUUGGAACCGAUGUGCCGAUUGAGGAAAUUCAGAAAAUGAUACCUCAAUACAAAUUAGGAGUAAAUGGAUAUUCUUUCAUAAUAGACAAUAAUGGAAGAGUUCUUUAUCAUCCUGAUUUAAGACCAUUAAGUGAUAAUGGACAGUAUAUUGAUCAAUUGAAACCAAAGUAUUCGUCAGGAGACAUCACCGAGAUAGAACUACCAGACACUGAAUUUCAGGAUGAUCCCGAUUUACUGGAAGAGAACAAAAACCUGUUGCAUGACAUGCGUUAUGAAAUGAUUCAACAACAUAGGGGAGAAACCGAACUCAGGGUUUUAACUCACUUCGACAGCAUGAAAAGAGUAGCGAGUAGAACGUUAAAAUACUUUUAUGGUCCUAUAGAGGGUACUCCAUUUGCUCUGGCUCUUGCGCUUCCUGACAAAUAUGGUAGUCAUGAAUUAGUCUCACAUCAAGAGAUUCGUCACUCGAGAAGUAAUGUGACCGAGUACUUUAAGGGAGAUAAUUGGAGAGUCCAUCCUGACUGGGUAUACUGUGAAUACAACAGCAUUAGCGAUUUAGAAAAGGAACGUGAAAGUUCCGGUGAGAUACUCUCCCGCGAUCAAGAGCCAAGCUUUUCAACUCCUGAAGAACAGGUGUUGCACUUCUUAGCUCGCGCUGGUAGGCCAGGGUGGAAAUGGAUGUCGGUUCGUCCUCGAUCACCUCAACCACAUCACGGCCACGGAGCUAGUCCACUAGGACACUUCGCCCAGCAUGUGAGCGGGCAAGGUUCGCGGAAGGCUGAACCUUACUUUUGUGAUCGAACACUAAUUCAAUCACUAGUUAGAGAUGCCAUGAUAACUGAUGGAUUGGAUAAACCCUCUACUCAAAAUACUCAUAAGGAAGUUCACCCAAUCGCCACAUUGAUGGCUCUACUAGCAAGGCAGGGCAUAUCAAUGUUUAAUGUUACAACAACAUUUGUUGCCACACGAUCAGGACUUUUACGAUGGGUGGAUCAUAUGGAACAUCCUUCCGAUUCGAGCGAACCACAUUUCAGCGAAAUCAAUGCACGUGCGAUGGAUAUGAGUUGGUAUAGAAGAGCAGUCGACCAAUAUGCAGUAGAACCUGACAGCUUUGUAUAUAGCGUUCCUUUUGAUUCAGGAUACACGGACAAUAGCAACGCAACUUUGGUCACUGCGACACAUGCGAUAUUCAUUGACCAUCGAGGGCACAAAGCACCCGCUGCAGUUGUUGGUCUAUUAUUUCGUCAUGACUCACUAGCGAGACAUUUCGUUAACAUUACAUCAGCAUGUUCUGGGUGUCAUAAAACUUGUGCCUCUGACGAACUUGAUUGUUAUUUACUGGACAACAAUGGAUUCAUCAUUUUAUCUGAAAAUAGUGAGCACACCGGAAAAUUUUUCGGCCAGAUUGAUGGUACCAUUAUGGAUUCUCUGGUUCAAGAUAGAAUUUAUAAAAGAAUCACAAUAAUGGAUUACCAGGGUGUAUGCUCAGAUAAAGAUAACCCAUACACGGCAUCCGCGCAUGUUAUUCAACCGUCAAAGCCAAUGCAGUGGUUCUUCAAAUAUAUUAUUUCAUUCACAACAACGUGGCUUUCUUUCUUGCCAAAGCCUGUUAUUCCUUGGCCGGCCCAACAAUAUAUAGACGGUGAGGAAUAUGAACUGGAAGGCGUGGGUGAUAUAGACGAUGGGGAAUAUGAUGGCGAAUAUGAAACUGAUCAAUAUUCAGACCUACCUUAUAAUAUUGAUGAAGCAACAACAAAAGAUUAUGAAAGAACGACAUUGCCACCGAAAAUUCAAAUACAUUCAAGUGGACCUAGAAAAGCCCCUGAUCCGAAACACGCCAGAUCCUGUGAUUUGAAAACCGAUUUAUAUGUUUUGCAGCCAGAAAGGCUUAACCAAAGCGGACAAAACAACCCUCUCAAAGGAAAACUAACAAAUUGUCAUUCGUCCGGUUGUGAACGACCGUUCAGCGUACAGAAAAUUCCACAUAGUAAUUUGAUUCUCUUAGUCGUUGAUACUUUGUGUCCUUGCGGAUCGAAACAACUUGAUAUUGAACCUGUAGAAAUUCCAGGUGGGAUAGGUGCAUGUGGGACGCGGCGGCAAGCACGUGAAUCUUUAUCCAGGAAACGUCCUGCCAAAUGUAUAAGCUAUCAUCCGGAAGAAGUAGAGAUUCAACAGUGCGGGCGAGGGUCGCAUUUGUUCGCAAAGUCAAUAGUUUUAUCACAUCUAAUUGUAUUGUUAAUAACAUUUGCCCUGACAUAUGUGUGAUAUAAAAAAUAGAACAAUUUUUGUUAAAUUCAAUAAGUACAUUCGAAUUGAAGAUAAGAAACUGAUAUUAAUUUAAAAACAGAAGAUGGCUGAAGUAAGAAUUAGCUGUAAUUUA